CUCUAGUUUAAUUAUUGCUAUUGAAAUAAAAAAAAUGAGUGCCAUAACAAAAUUAGUAUUUUAGAAAAAAACACUAUGAUUACUUGAAAACAGAUAGAUAUGAUAUAUUCUAUAACAAAAACAAAAUGGGUGGUACGUCUACCAAAUUUAAAAAACACCUUCAGAGAGGGGAUGAAUAUGCUGCUAUGCGGAUGUAUUCAAACUCUCCUGAACUUAAAACACUAGACCCUAAUUUGAGCUGUGGAGAAAAUCAUAACCACAAUACACUUUUACAUUAUGCUGCAAAACAUGGGAUGAAGCACUUACUUAGGGCUUUUUUAAAUGAACAUAAUGGAAAUCCAAAUAAAAAAAAUAAUUUCAAUGAAACAGCACUGCAUGCAGUUUGUUCCCUUUCCCCUCAAAGCUCUUACUCUGCACAUGAACGUCGUGCUGCCUGUGUUACAUUAUUGUUAAAUUGGCAAGGAGUAGAACUGUCAGAUGGAAGGAGAGAGAAAAUACGACUGAGUGCUCAAAAUAAUGAUGGAAACACUGCACUUCAUCUAGCAGCAGCUUCUGGUUUGCAGUACUGUGUUGAUUUGAUGCUUUCACACGGAGGAGCCCCAAUAUUCAAGACUAAUAACCAAAAACAGACUGCUUGUGAUUUGGCUGUGAAAAAUGGAUAUGAAACUUUAGCUCGUAAAUUAGAAUCCCGAAUGGUUUUUGGGGAAGACCUUAAAGAUAUUUUAACUGUUGUCGAUGAUUAUGAUUUUGGUGAAGAGGAAACUUAUGCUGGGUUACGCACACAAGAUUUACAAGAAGCCAAAGACCAAUUAUUGGUAGAAACUGCUGAUAUGUUAAAUUUGCCAUUAUUUACUGCCGAAGCAUUGCUUAGAAAUAAUGAAUGGUCUAGAGAGAUUUUACUUGAACGAUGGGUUCGUGAUCCUGACAAGUGUUGUCAAAUUGCUGGUGUACAAGUACCCAUAUCUGUGCAGUCCACCAAGAAAUUUUAUUUCGAUGGGUUACAGCAGACACAUUUAAAUGAAGAAGCUCAACUUAACAUUAAUGAUCAAACUAUUUGUGAUAUUUGCUUGAAUGAACUGCCAUUAUCUGAUUCUACAAUUAAAUUGUGUUGUGAACAUAAGUUUUGUAAUUCAUGUUGGAAAGAAUAUUUAACAUGUAAAAUUAAAAGAAAAGACUCUAGCAAUAUUUAUUGUCCAGCUUUACACUGCCAUAUUUUAGUUCCAACUGAACUCAUUGAAAACAUUGUUAGUCCUGAAAUGGCUCGUAGAUAUUUUGAUCUUAAUAUUGAAGCUUUUGUUGAAAGUAAUCGUUCUAUAAAAUGGUGUCCUGUUCCAAAUUGUGGACUUGCUGUUCGCCUCCCGAGUACUAGAAAACCAAAACAAAACUCUAAAAUUGCACGUUCAGUUGAUUGUGGUAGAGGACAUUAUUUUUGUUGGGAAUGUAUGGGUGAUGCUCAUACUCCAUGUAGCUGUCAACAAUGGUCUCAGUGGAUGUCUAAAAUAUCUGAAGUUAAACCAGAUAAAAUACGUGAAACUAGUGCAGAGUUUGAAGAAGCAGCUAAUAGCUUAUGGUUGGUGACAAAUUCAAAACCGUGCCCAAAUUGUAAUUCACCCAUACAGAAGAAUGAAGGCUGUAAUCAUAUGAAGUGUUCAAAAUGUAAAUUUGAGUUUUGCUGGAUAUGUCAAGAAAGCUGGAAAAAACAUGGCUCAGCUACUGGCGGAUUUUUUCGUUGUAAUCGUAUGACUGCUGUUUGUAAAGCUGAUGAAAAAAGAGGUCUUCUUAUGAAAGAAGCUCAGCAAAAAAAUAAACAAAGUUUGGAAUUAAGUAAAUUUCUUCAUUUUUAUACUAAAUUCAAAAAGCAUGAAGUUACUCGCCCAAUGGAAGAGCUAUUUGUCGAAAUAGUUAAAAAGUGGAGAAUAGCUUUAUCAGCUGCUUUAAAUAUACCUGAAGAUGAUGAGCGAACAAAAUUUGUUGAAGAUGCAGUUGUUGAAGUACAAAAAGCUAAGAGAGUUCUAUGUGCAUCAUAUGUGUAUGGAUUUUUUAUGCAGAGUAGCACAUAUAAUAGAAAUAUUUUGGAGUUUAUGCAGAAUGAGGUAGAAGAAGUUACUGAAAAGUUAGCAGGAAUGGUUUUACGACAGUAUUUAUGUAAUCCAAGAAGUGCCAUUAUUAAUACCACUAGUAUAUUAAGACGAAAACGCCAUGAAUUCAUUAAUGCCAUAUCAGAUGGAUCUAUAUCUUUAGAAAGUAUGCAAUCUGCCCCACAAAAUGUCACAAAAACAAAAUCUAGUAGUAUGUCUCAAAAACAUAUGAAUGCUACUGCUAAAGACUUGUUAAAGAAAGCCAUUGGAGAUUCAAUUCAAAUUGAUCCGGAUAACCCAUGGAUUGUUGACUCUAAAGGCCGACAUCGUAAUCUUACUGCUAUUUUAGAUUGGCCUGAGAGUUGUUCUGAUGAAGAAGAGGAAACUGAACUGGAUAGAGCUCUUGCUGUUAGUGUAUUUGGCCAAUGUAAAAUGGAACACUGUAAAAGAGCAAGAGUGCGGAACCCCCGAACAUCAAAAUUUCAUGAAUAUUGUAGCUUAAGAUGCAAAAAUACUCACAAAAAUUUAUUAGAAGAUCGAAAAAAAGAAAAACGCACUAGUAUUGUUGGUACUUUUGCAAUGGAUCUUAUUGUUGCUCUUGAAAUGUCAAGACUUCAAAUGAUAAAAGAUGCCCAACAAAAAAAAAGAUCAGAGAAUGAAGAAGCUAGUUGUAGCAAAAAUUACUCAGAAUUAAUCGAAGAUUCAAAUGAUGAUGACCAACAAUUACAAAUGGCUUUACAAAUGUCUUUAGAUGAAAUAUCUAUGGCUAAAUCCAAAAACUUAUCAACAUCUAAAGAUGAUUUGGAAACAGUUGUACCUAUAAGCAAUGUUCAAGAAAAUACUCAUAUAAAAACAGACAUUCCUGUUUUUUUACCUAAGUGUAGUGGUAUACAACUUGAUGAUGGUGUUUUCAAAGUUGGCGAUUUACACAAAAACAGUUAUUACUUGGAUUUUAGUGAAGAUAUAUACAGUCGUAUGGAUGGUAAAAAUCUUAGGCGCUCAUUAUCAUUUGGUGAUCUUCUUUCACGCAGGGACUUAUACAAAAAUAAUCGAAGAUAUUGCGUUAAUGUUUAUCAUAUGAACAGUGAUGACAGACAAGAAAUAGUAGAUAGAAAAUGUGGAAAACUGAAAUAUGGCUUUCAAGUCUUACCCAGAAGAACUACUUCCAUUCUUAUGGAAAUAAACAACAAUGGUGAAUGCCGCAAUGUUACUUCUUUGGAUGACAGCAACAUUGCUGCUCCUAUAAGUUCAGAUAAAAAGUUGUGUAACAUUUUGGCUCAACUUUACUGGCAAAACUCGCCUAAACCCUCCAGCAUAACACUGCCUAAACGUUUAAGUAAAAUUGGAAAAACUGCUGCCUUAGAUAUGUCAGAUGAAACAUUAGAGAAUGAAUUAAAGUCUACUGCUGAACUACCUUCCAAACCUGAACUGAACAUAAGAAUUGAAAAAUUCAGUAGUCAUUCUGAAGAUAGUGCUGAUAAUGAUAUAUCUGCAGAUAUUGAAUCAGACACGGGUAUACCUAAGUCACCAACACUCUUCAUAUCAGGUGUAUCCAUAAAUCGAACUCCAGAAACAAAGUCUCCAGUAUCAGGUCGGCAAUUAAGAUCAUCAAGUUUAACGGUACCAAAGUAUAUGUUGAAACCACUUUACAAAGGAACAUCAGCAGACAAUCUAACUUCAUGCAAAGAAUGUAACAUUGUUCACACAAAUAAAGCACAUUCCUAUCAAACGUUGUUCAACGAAGAAAGAAUGUGUGCUUCAGCUAACAUGGCUGAUAAAAACAGGUGUGUCUUUACAUUUCCAAAAUCAAUGACUGACGGUGAGUUAUUCUCAACAUUACAUAUCGAUAGAAACAAGUUAAGCUCUGAUGAUUUUCAUGAAUCUCUAUUCCUUUUGAGACAAAAGCAUAGACAACACUAAGUGCCAUACUUAUUUAUAUUUAUUUUAAUUUUACUCAAUUUAAUAUGAUUUUAUUUAGCCCAUUAUAUUAAUUAUUCAUGAGUAUUUGUUCUAUUGUAUUGCAUUUUUUAAUACGCAAAGAAAGUUAUUUAACUUAAUGUCCAUACAACUUCCUUACAAACCACUAUAAUUCUUCUGAAGACUUAAAUUUUCUAGUCCAUGUAAUAAAAAUAAACUGAACGGUAGUUUUUAAGGAGAAAAUAUGCCAAAAACACAACUUUUUUUUUCAUAGUUAUUAAUGUUCCUAAAUGGGUUGCAAAAAUUCUCAUUUUUUUUACUUUUUAUUUAGUAUAAAAUUAUUUUAUUAAUUUCAUUUGAUUCAAACUGCUUUUGGUCAAUCCAACUUAGUUUGAUGAUUAUAAAUAUAAAUACUAA